CAAAAUUCAUAUAUAAUUUUAAAAUAAAAAUGAUUGAAGGAAUUGAACCUUCAGUUCCUCCCCAGGGAGACCCUUCGGGAGGCCAAUACGAUAAUUUUAACAAAGUAUUUGCUGAAUCUGAGGAAGAGCUAGCCCGAAUUGCUAGAAAACACAACUCAAGGACUUUAAAGGAUUCCUUACUAGAGUUAGAUGAUGUUUCUUUGAAAGACCCUGAUAUUAAUGGUGAUCCUACAUUUAACAAACUUCGAAUGUUUUUAAGAGAGUUUACAAUCCAAGCUCAAGAUGCAAUUCAUGCUAAAAAUACGCAUUUAAUUAAGGAUUUCAAGUACAAGACUCAAAUCCACGAGUGCCUUCGAAAUAUGCUCAGAGAGGUAGUAAUGACACCAGACAUUCAACGUAAGAAACUGUACAUUUUAAGAGUGUACAAAUGGUUUCUGAAUAAAAUGAACUCAAUCGGGGCUAUCAGUGCUGCCCAAAAAUAAGAAAGAAGAAGCUUUCAUGAAUCCUGAUAAUGCAGCAGACGAAGAGAGAAAAAGACAAGAACAAGAGGAGAUGAUUAGAGCUAAGCUAAGGGAUGAAAAUCAUAUUGCAGAGAUGCAGAAGAACCUGUUCCAAGCUGGAGAACGAACCAUACAUAAGGAAAUCAUUCCUGCUAAAGAGAGGGUUGAAUUUUACAAGAGAAGGUUACCAUAUGAUCCUAAUUCUUCAUUACAAGAGACUAAUUCAACCAGGCCAAAUACUAUGUCCUCCACCAGGGUUAAAACAGCAAAGACAAGAGCUGAUACAGCCUAUGGACAAAAUUAUAGGCCAUCGUUUAAUACUUUCUUUAAUGCAGGGGAGAAGGCUGAAUUCGAAAGUCUUGUCAGAAUAGAAUCCAAAGGAAGUUAUGGGAGCUAUAUUCCCAGUGACAACAUAAUCGAACAGAAAAUCCACAAAAUGUGGAAAGAAACCCAGCACAAAGACCUCGCCCAGAAAAGAGUGAACGACGAGCUUAAACAGACCAUGAAGGACUGGGGCCUAGCUAAAGCUAGAUAUGAAGAAGACAUUCAAAGGAAAAUGGAAAAUAGACUUUUUGGGUCUAACUUCAUAGCAAGAGCCUAUAUUUGCAAACAAAAGCCAAAAAUUAACAUGAUGAGAAACCAUCUAGAUGACUCUGAUGGAUCCUCCCUACUGAGCGACAGUGAGAAAGAAGAAAUUGAAAAACAAGAGAAAGAAGAAAAUCAAGGUGAAGAAGCGGAUGAAGAAUUUAGGGACAAAGUUAUAGUUAAACGACCUCAUCUAUCAUCAACUUUAAGAGCUCAGCAGGAUGUCAGAAUUCGGAGAGGGAGGGCUCAUACUGCUGUCAGAUGCAAGAGAAAACAACCACCUCCCAAAUUAUUCGAUAAUUCCAAAGACGAAGGAGAUAAGCUAUGAUUUGAAAAUAUUGAUCCAGAAGGAGCAAAGAAACUAGCUGAGCUAAAUGAUUCAAAAGCUAGGCCUCCUCCUGUCGUAGCUCCAGAGGAAGUGCUUAACCAAGAGUUUGGAGGAAUCAGGCCUAAAACAACAGAUGGAGCCAAAAGGAGAAUACAUAUGCUCAGAAGGUUCCAUGGAGGUCUAAUCAAUGCCAAAAUCAGCAAUAUGGAUAUGAUAAAUAACGUAUUUCUGUCAGGUUCGAGUAAAAAUGUUGUUUCUCUCUCCGUGUAUAAUAAUGCUGGAAAAUAUAAAGAUGGACAGUAUACUCAAAGCGCUUCCUCUCUACCAAGAAACAGACUUCAAUCAGCAAUGAGACCCCAAUCAGCUCCAUUCGAGUUUGCAGAUGGGAGUUCGUUCAACUUAUCCAUCAGGCAUAAUAAGGGUGAAGUGAUUGCUGAAAUUGAUAGUUUAAAGACUAGACUUGCAGCUGAUGAUGUCCCAUUCAAAGUUGAUACUCUUAAGAAAGCAUUUGAAAUGCCUAAAGAAGAUGAAUUUAAAAUGAAGAAAUACCCUGAUGUUGCAAAUUAUCUCAUGAAAAAUCCAUUCCAAAAGAAGAAAAAGAAAAAGAAAGGCAAAGGAAAGAAAAAGAAGAAAUAAACU